AGGUUAUUCCGCUGUGUCUGCAAAUAUCUUGACUAAUUUUUAUCCAUCAUCUCGUUAUAAAAAGAAAUCAAUCAUUGGACGGAUUUGCCCAUGCGGGGACCAUGUAUAGUUCAGGCUUCACUGAAUUGUUUCUAACUAAUUUAUUUAAUUGUUUCCAUCAACACCCAUUUGCGCAAAAUCAGGUGGAGUUUCAUUCAGCAUGGAAGAAGCUAAUGAUGAACAGGAUAGAGAUCACAAAUUCUUGACAAUAGCAGUUCAAGAAGCUUAUAAAGCUGUAGAAUGUGGAGAUGGGCGCCCCUUUGGUGCAGUUGUUGUUCACAAUGAUGAAGUACUUGUUAGCUGCCACAACAUGGUUCUGAAGCAUUCUGACCCUACUGCUCAUGCAGAGGUAACAGCAGUACGAGAGGCGUGUAAAAAGCUCAAUUGCAUCGAGCUCUCAGACUGUGAGAUGUAUGCGUCUUGUGAGCCCUGUCCAAUGUGCUUUGGUGCUAUCAAUCUGUCAAGAAUUAAGCGUCUGGUAUAUGGAGCCAAAGCCGAAACUGCCGUUGCAGUUGGCUUUAACGCAAAGGCUUCAGGAGGUACUGGGAAGGCUCAGUUAGAGAUCAAGAAGGCCGAUGGUAAGGCAGCACUUAUGGCAGAGGAAGUAUUUGAGAAAACCAGAGGAAAAUUUCCAAUAUGUUGAGAGAAGCAAUUCAUUGUAUUUCCCCACUCGGAGAAACACAAAAUUCGUUAAAAUAAUUCUAACGGAGUAGCAAAAUUGGUUAUGCUCUUAAUAUUUGUUCAAAGUUAUUUGCAUUUGUGGACACAAAAGUAACAAACUCGUUGGUAUCAACCAGUUCGACAUAUCGUUGACAGAAAAGCACAAACAGAUAUACCUUCUAUUUUCUUUUUUUUUUUCUUUUUUUUUUUGUUGUUGUUGAAGAAAUCACAUCAUAGUGUUUUUGCCUCUGCUG